AUGAACAAUAUAACAAGUGCUGACACUAACUUAUGUCAUGAAUAUUCAAAUGAAUAUGAACGUGAAACGGAACAUUGGAAUUCUCUUUCACCAGCUGCUAUACCGAACAAAAAUUUGCUACGAUUGUUGCAUAAAGAAAUUUUAUCCGUUCAUCGUCAAUUUGAUAAAAGAAAUCAUGGACUUAUGAUUGGCUUAAUUUAUAUGCACAACCAAUAUCAUUGGAUGGAUGGUAUUUCAAUUAUACAUCCAUCAUUGGAAAGUUUAAUUGCUGGGAUAGCUGCUGCUGAUAACGAAUGUUAUCGUUUUAUGCUUUUUCAAUCUGUUCCUGAUUAUAUGGUACCAGUACCAUGCAAUAAUAACGUUAUCACUUAUGAUAUACUCUGUAAAUAUAUUCUUGACAAACAACCUGACCAUAUAGGUAAAAAUGAACUGAUAGAAGAAAUCAAAAUAUUGAUUGAUCACGAACCAGAAAAUAAUGCUAUUGGACAGGACUGUGAGCGUCAUUAUCAAUUGAAACAAUUUGGCGCAUAUACUUACUGUUACAGAAUGCAUGUGAUCGAUAAAUCAGAUACAAUUAAAAUCAUUGAUGAAAGUCAUUGUCGUAAAACAUCACGUUUUUCAACAAUUUCCAGCAUUUCGCUUCGUAACAAAGAGGAAUAUGAAUUUGUUAAAAUGCUUUAUCGAUCAUUUCAUCAAUUGGUGAGACCUAUACCAUUACUGAUCGGAUUGACAUACAAGAAUGGUCGUUUUCAUUGGUUUGAUAGGUCACCGUUCAACUACACUGAUUUUUUGGGUAUUGGUUAUAAGUCACAUUUUUCACUGUACAAAAAAGGUGAUUGUCGACGAAUUUUUCUUCAUAGCCGAAUAAUACAUGGCGAUAGAAAAUAUUAUACUUUUGAUGUUGAUUGUAAUGCGCAAUUUCAACAAUACUUUGUUUUAUGUCGUUAUCAACUGCCGCCACCACCUUCUAAGGAUUUCUACAGAAUUAUUUCCUGA